AUGGACAGUGCGUUUGCCCUAGGGACACCUGCGGAUUCGACUGCAAAAAAUGCCAGCACCCUAAGCUGUGUAUUUACGGCCAAUGUGUUUGCCCUAGGGGUACUUGUGGACCAGACUGCAAGAGGUGCCUCCCAGGCAAAGAAUGCAAGAAUGGCCAAUGCGUCUGUCCAAAAGAUACAUGUGGAUAUGACUGUAAGAAGUGCGAGCAUCCCAAGAAGUGUGUGUACGGUCAAUGUGUCUGCCUUCCAGGAACAUGUGGCAAGGACUGCAGGAAGGUAUGUUGUGAAUGAACUCUAA